AGAAAUCCCUUUAAUCAUAUUUUGGCGGGAGAGAUAUGGCGAACAAGCUAAUCAGCGAAAUGGGGCUCCCGAAAUCGAUUGGGCACAUAUUCGCUGCUCGCAAUAUCAUUACCGCAAAGGAUGCUUUAUCAUUGACUGAAUUCGAGUUGAUGGAAUUGUUAGAUGUGGGUUUGACUCAAGUGACUUUAGCAGUAGCCCUCAUUAGUGAGAUUGCUUCUCCUCCAUAUCAAACGGUGAAAUCCCUGCUGGAGCAACGCAUGCAAAACGAGUAUCUGACAGGUCAUCUUCCCACACAUCUGAAGGGUCUUGAUGCAGCAUUAUUUGGUGGAAUCCCAUUUGGUGCUUUGACAGAGUUAGUAGGGCCCGCAGGAAUCGGUAAAACACAAUUCUGUUUGAAGAUUUCUGUUUUGGCUACACUGCCAUCUUGUUAUGGAGGGUUGGAUGGUCAUGUAAUAUAUAUUGAUGUAGAAUCCAAAUUUAGUUCAAGAAGGUUAAUUGAAAUUGGUCUUAAUAGCUUCCCAGAAAUAUUUCACUUGGAGGGCAUGGCAAAAGAGAUGGCAGGUAGGAUCACAGUUUUAAGACCUGGUUCCCUGACUGAGUUCACUGAGAGUUUGCAGAAAAUUAAAGUGUCACUUCUGCAGCACCAAGUGAAGUUGCUAGUUGUUGAUAGUAUGGCUGCUCUUGUGUCCGGGGAAUAUGAACAAGGACCUCCAAGGCAACAUCCAUUGGGUUGGCAUAUAUCAUUUAUCAAGUCACUUGCUGAGUUUUCAAGAAUACCUGUGGUGAUGACAAACCAAGUGAGAUCUCGAAGUGCUACUGAAAUCUCUAAUUAUUCUUUCCAAGGGGAGAGGAGGGACGAUUGUGGAAAUUUUGAUUCUCAUCUUGUUGCUGCUCUGGGGAUUCACUGGGCUCAUGCUGUUACUAUUCGUCUUGUUCUUGAAUCUAGAUCAGGGAAAAGAUUUAUAAAGGUGGCAAAGUCUCCAAUGUCUCCACCUCUUUCAUUCCCUUUCAAAAUUACUUCAUCCGGGAUUCUUUUGCUUAAUGAUGCUGGGAUAGAAAUGACAGGACCACAAAUCAAUGCAAUUGAUCAUCAAGGUCAUAGUGACAUAAUUUUAUCAUAGAGAUGAUGGAUGUAUAAUUGUAUCAUGUAUGUAUGUUUG